AUAUUUUUACUCCUUUUUUAUGACCAUUGGUUUGGGUCCUCCAUUUAUAAUUAUUAUUGAAAUGAUUUUGUUUGCCAACCAUUGAAAAAAAAUGUAUCUUGUGUGGUAAAACAAUGACCCUGUGACCAGGAAGUCUUUUCGUAUAGAUGCUUAAGUGGAUCGAUAUUCUACCGUUUCCUCUAUCGCAUAUGCUUUUAACGAUGAAUGUCUCAUGAUGAUUAAACAGAGCUCCGUUAAAUGUUUUUCGAGUAAAUGCAUGUUGAAUCAUCUGAACUCUGAAACAGUUGGAUGUUAUGCAAUCUUGAGACAGCGUUUUGUCAAACCUAAGGUGAUAUUAAAGAAAAUAAUAAAAUAAUUGGUCAAUGUAUCGUGUUUGCAUUAGUUUAAUCGAUUAUUAUUUACUUUCAGGUCCGCUACUGCAUUGCAGCAAAAGGGGGCCAAAAUGAAACAGGGCAGAACUCUUUCCAGGAGGAGCCGUGGCACACAAGUGGAUCCGCAAGACAUCGAAAUGUUUCAUGUGCGAUGCUCAGACCUGUCGAAUAGUGAUGCUGAAAAUAAACCUAUAGCAGCCUUUGGGGUGGAGACAAUUGUUCCCCAGUGUCGGCUUUGUUCACGCAGAGUUUCUCGAGAAAAUUUGAAAAUCUUCCUGAGAAGUCAAUGCAAGAAAGUCCACGCUGCUUUUCAGAUUCGCGUUUUCCACAACGAUUUAUAUCCAUGGGCUUGCUCUAAUUGUUUGAAUAUGAUAGACAUAUUCUUGGAUUACAAAUCAUCAGUCGUUAAGGCACGCAACCUUCUUCUAGACAGAAGAAUUCAUUUGGAAGGCGAGGGUUGGGACGAUCCAGUAAAUAUCGAAAGUUUUGAGCAAUGCAAAUCCGCCAUAGAACAACAUCGAGUGCAGAUAGACGCGCUCUACGAGGAGUGUUUGGUGAAUGAAGAAAGAAGGCAACCAUUGGUCUACGGUGAGCACAUUAUGGAAGAAGAGGAUAGCGUAGAGCUACCAGAACCGAAGAUAGAGUUUAGUAUGUUCGAAGAAAAUGUUCCAGCAGAUGAGACCAUGCAAAGCACAAUUACGCCAAACGCGGCAAGUGAUGUAUGCACCGUAGAGCUUGCGAUAGAAUCUGAUAUGAACGAGGUAGAAUAUCUUCUUGAGACUGAUAUAGAAGAUUAUCCCAUCGAAAAUGUAAUUGAAGUAAACACUGAUGAAGCUACCGAAGUGAUUCCUGUUAUCGAUAUCACUGAAGAUGAAGGUCAAUCCUACUCUCAAGCCAAAAGGGCAAAGAAGAAGAAAGUUGAAUAUCGUCCAGAAUCCGAUCAAAAUGCUAAAGAUGUGAUUCAUAAUUCAGAUGAAAUUCAUCGCAUUGACGAUGAUGACCGUGAUUCCAUUUUACAGCAGAUCUCAACAAAUCAGGAAUUAUCUGUCAAAGAGGAAAUUAUUUCAGAAGAAUCAGUCCCAGUAAAAAGGAAGUAUAAGAGAAGAGUUAAACAACAGGAUCAAGUUAAGAAACAAACCAAAGUGAGAAAACUUAGAAAGCCCAAGCAACCGAGAAAGAGACAAUUGAACAGACCUCCUCAAAUUGUUCUACCAACUUUGUGUGACUUAUGUGGUCAAUCAGUUCGACCUGAAACGAUAGAAGGCCAUAAGAAUCGCCAUCUAGGAAUUAAGCCGUACAAAUGUCCCUUCGAUGGCUGCGACUGGUCAUUCCAUGGUCGAUCCAACAUGUGCACCCACAUACGGCGUGUACACCCGAAAAACGGAAUUCAGUCCCAUGAAUGUAACGUUUGCGGCAAGAUCGUCAGAGGGAUGCCUGGCACUCUAAAUGAGCACAAAAGGUUACAUUUCCUGGAAAAAUCCCAUGUGUGUCCAGUAUGUGGAAAGGGUUUUACUUUGAGUAGAUACCUUCGACAGCAUGCUGCCAUACACACGGGACAGUUACCAUACGAGUGUAGCUUUUGCGGUAAAAAGUUCAACAAUAAAUGGAGUAUGAAAACUCACGAGAAAAAUAUGCACAUGAAAAAGAAUCAAGUUAUCCCUCUCAAUAAAGUGCUAGAAGCUACUACACAAGCCGAUAAGUAGUGAAAUAGUUGAUUGAACAGCAAAUUUCAUUAAAUGAUUUUUUUUACUGAAUCCAAUGGCCAUAGGAUCCUAAUUUCACAAUGGACAAUGUAGACGUAUGUUUUUUACGUAUCGAAACACUGAAAUACAUAGUACUUAAGCCAUGAUGGUAAAUAUUAUGUGAAUAAUAAAUAUA